CCUCUGGAUCAGGUAGCUUUUUAUCCCCAGCUAUGCUGAAGAGCUGUGCUCCAUUCUUAGGGUUUGUCAGGCAUGCCAACCAUGAUUCUGGAAGCAAAAAGGCUGCAGGAGGAACUCCCAUGUCUGUUGACUUGUCCUUACAAUCAAGGGACAUAUCUGUGAGGAUAGUUCAUGCAGGUGGACGAGAGGAACUUUAUCAAAAUGCUGUUCCUGUAUCUCAUGUCAUGGAAAAAUAUCCAGGGAUGUGUAUUGCACGUCCAGAAGUUUUCAAUAAUCCUCAUGAGUCCCUUUUAUGGCCCGAAGAUAGCCUGUUGCCUGGUCAAAAGUAUUACAUAAUCCCAUCCACUACAGCCCAAAAACUGAAGCGUAAACACCAGGAGAAGGUUAAGGUCAAAGGAGCUGCUGAAGGCAGAGAAGAAAUGUCAGAUGCAAGGAUCACUUGGGAUGUAAGUGGAGAAAACUUGGAGGAAUCUGUUUAUUCUGCAAAAGAAUUCUAUGUUACCAAGCCGUCCAAGGCUUCUAAGGUUCCAAAGGAGAGGCGACCUAGAUAUUCACUGCGAACGGGUGGAAGGGUAAAGAAGCCUUUUGUACCCCCACUCCCGAGGACAAGAUCAUUGUGGGAAUCAGGGUGGGAACCCAGUUUAACUUCUGUACAGGAACUUUCUCCAUGACUGUUUUUCUACGUGAAGGUCUUCCCUCUUCCUGUUGAGGUAUGUGAUCAUGCAAAGCAGUGAAUUGCUCAAUGUGCCUGUCAGUUUCUGGAGAUGUUUGUAAGUUUAGUAUAACAACUUAAAUAAAUUGAAAACAUCCAAUUCUCAUUUCUAUGUUGUUCUUGUCAUGUUUUUUGUAUUAGAGGACCAUUUGCAGAAAGAUGCUGUUUCAAUAUUUUCCGUUGUCAUAUUCUUCCACUAUUUACAGAUUUUUCUGUUAGAUAUCAGUCAGCUGCUUCUAAUAUCAUGAUUUGGCAUAAUUUUACGUGCUUGAUGA